AUGGAGAUCGAUUUCGCCAACCGCGAGGAAGCGGCCCAGGCUGGCGGCGAACCCAUCGCCUUCCCUCUGCUCCAGCUCAUCAGCGAAGCUCGCAACGAGCAUGGUAUGCGACAGCAGGACUUUGCUCGCUACCGACGCUACUGCGCCUCCAAGGUUCACCGUCUGAGAGAGCUGCUCGCCCUCACCCACGCUGACAGUUCGCACAAGAAGGACGUCAAGAAGCCCAAGGGUGCAAAGCCGGCCAAGGGCAAGAAACCCAAAAAGGCUCAGCAGGCCGCUGCUCAGAGCGCCAACGCAAAGGGCCACGGCAAUGUCUUUACCGCCAAGAAGCUCGACAUCGCUCAAGUCACCGACGCUCGUCCUGCGCACCUUCUCCUCUUUGAGGCCGAGCGAGCAUGGGCUUACUCCCAGGAACUCCGAGCGGAAGCCUUUGACGACGAGUCCAACCCUCAGCUGCGCAAGCGAGGCAUCUCGAGGCUGCGACGUGCCGAGCAGUGGUCCCACUCUCUCCACCAGCUUGUUCAGGCGCUGGCGUCGCGCUUCGACAUUUUUUCUCGUGCCGAGACCGCGGCUUACCUGCUCAUCAUCAAGUCGACCACCGCUUUCGACCGCUCUCAGUGGGAAAAGGCGCUUGAGCUCCUCUCUGUCGCCCGAAACCUGCUCAACGCCAUUGCCGUCAACAGCCCCACCAGUCGCGGAGAGGCCCUUGCCAACAGCUUUGUCGACGCAGGCGAAGCUCAGAUGCGCUACUCUGCCUACCAGCUUGGCAACUCGGAACAAGACAUGGACAAGAUCGCCGCUUCCACUGCUACUUCCGACGUGUGCCAGCAGACCCUUCCUGAGUACAACCAGCUCGUGCAGGAUCUCGCCUCCGCCAAGGCCAGCGGUGGAAGCGGGCAGAAGCAGUCCGCGCUCUCCUUGAGCUGGCACGGACACGACAUCCCCGUUCGCAACCCGGAACUCCUCGACACCAUUGUGGCCGCUCAGGCCGAAGAGGCGGCUCUACGAGAGUCGGUCAUGGUCGAAGCUAUCAGCGAGCGAGAUGCUGACGCAGGUGCUACUGCUACCUCCCGCAAAUCCAAUGCCCCCGCCCGGGAUGGCAAGCGCGUCCGACUAUCGCAUGCCCAGCGGAAAGCUAAAAAGCGCGAGAUCGCACAGGGCGAGUCCUCUGCCGACGGUGCACGCACCGCCACCUCUUCCACGGUGCGACUCGGCAAAGCUGGCCACACUGAGCUUGACCCCUUCGACCGCGCUCUCAGCGCUUUUACUGAUGCCGAAGACGUUGCGCGCAAGCUUGUCGAGGACAAUGCCGAAGCGCUCUCCAAGAGCCACUCGGCCCGGUACGAGACUGCCAGCAAGGAUCUGCAGACUGCCCACGAUCUCAUCUUUUACCGUCUGCUUGCGCUGCGUAUCUGGCGUAACCUGCGUUUGGUCGCUGAAGUGGAGCGACGUGCCGACAAGCGUGAGAAGCGCGCCAUGUCGAGUGUCGAAGCGCGUCUCAAGGGCAAGGACAGUCGAUCGGCAGGCUCUGCGACGACCUACAAGCGCAGCAAGAAAAGCAAGGGCAAGCAGCAGAAGCUCGAGGAUGCCAUUGCUGCCAAGAAGGCCAACCCGCGCAAGAACCCGCCCGGAUCGCGCGCCAAGAAGCCGCGCACCGCUGCCCGCACCCACGUCCGCAAACCGGCCAGGAGCGGUACCAGAAAGCUGCGCUCCCGCCAGGCUCUGGCUCGCGAAAAUCGCGCGCGUGCGAUCGCUGCCCAGAAGUCCAAGCGUCGCGGCGCUCGUGCUGUGCCUUCGCUCGCCAAGCUGCUUGAUGCCGCCGAGACGAGCUUGGUCGCCAUGGGCUCAAUCGGCCUGAUCGAGUCGGAGCCCGAUGUGUCGAGCCUCGUCGAAGCCAAGGCGGCUUGGUUCCGAAGCGAGAUCUUGCGCCACCUUGCUCGUGCCUUUUCGCUGUCCGGCGCCCAUGCCGAGGCGGUGCUGCUGCUGACGCGUGCGCAGUUGUACAUUCGCCAAGCACGUCAGGCUGCCGAUCUGGCAGAGGACGUCGACGAGGAGGAUGCGGAUUUCCCGCCACGUCUCAAGGCGAGCAGUGGCCCGGAUGCCGUGUUCGACCAUUCGGACGAGGUUCUGGCCCACCUCAAGCGAGGCGUGCAAAAGUCCCUCCUCAAGGCGCAGCAGCGACAGCAACAGCGCGGGGCUGGAGCCAAGGGCAAGGCAGGCUCGGGCAUGUCGGACUCGCGUGCUGGUCAGGCCCUGCAGGAUCUGGCUCGCAAGUACAUUGAUUUCGACCCCGUGUCGCUGCAAGAAGCCCAGCGCGUACCAGAGGAUGUUUGCGCCGAGUACGAACAGGAGCAGCAGGCCACUCUGACGCCUGCAGCCAAGGCCAAGUCCAAGGCGGUCAAGGCACCUGCCAAGGCCAAGCCCGCUACCGCACCCGCCCCCUCCGCCGCUGCUGCUCAGCCCGCCAACAACACGACAGCUCAAGCUCAGCCAGUGCCCGUGCAAGCAGACAACGACGAAGCAGAGCCCUUUGAGGACCACGACGUCGAGGAAGACAACGACGACGACGACGACGAAGGCGACUUUUCGCUGGCCUACGACCCGGGCAACGCACUUGCCGAGGAGGAAGAGGCCGAAGCCGAGGCCGAAGCUGCUGCCAAGAAGAAGAGCUGGCUCGGCGGAUGGUUUGGUCGUGGAUAA